AUGAGCUUAGACUCGCUGUUGCCCAUCGCGCCCGCGAGGGUGAGGGCAUUGAUUCUGCCCUUGGGCCAGAUCAGAAGUGACCGCUUCUCGUCCUUCGUCGAGCGUUUGCGACCCGAACAUGUCGUCUCCUUGCGGGAUGUCACCCCUGAUGGGCGGCCGAAUAGAAAUAUGUUCUCGCCCUUGGCUUUUCCUCACGGCGCGGUGUUUUACGAACUAGUAACCUACACUCCUCCUCCCUCACACCUCGCCCUCCUACCUUUCGACUUUUACCGCGAACCUCUAGCCAUCAUCGCGAUCGCGGAUGGCACCGAGCUGAACCGAGUUGCCUUUAAUAAACGCCAAUCCAACACUGCGCCGACCAUCGCCGAGCAGAACAUCCGCACGCUGUACCAGGAGCUGGAGGAUCUACGAGAUCGUUUCGGCAAAGCGCUGGUCCACCAAGUCUUGAUCUUCGACCAUGUGCCCUCCAAAGAAAAUCCGGUUUCUAUGCUCGAGGGCCUCAUCGCUAUACCACCGCCGGACGAGUGCAAGCGGACGACGAUGAAGACCAUAAUGUGCGACAUCACGUCGCAACUCUUGGCAGAAAUGACCACCGUGGCCAAGAUGUAUGAAGCAUACUCAACCAUCGAAUCCCCUGGAUCAUCCCACGCCAUGAAGCAUGCCAAUGGCGCAUCGUGGGACCUCAGUGGUUCUCCCCCGAUCAAUAAAAGGAACUCACAAUUCGCGCCCACCCCGCAAAGAUCAAGCUCAACUGGCGGGCUGCAGGACCGACACCUACACCGUAUGUCCAUGCCGGUUGCGCCGUCGAAAUCCAACUCCAUGGUGCCGUCCAGCAACUCGACCCCGGCCCGCUCCUCGACUCCCGUCAGAAGCGGCUUGUCAAACCCACCCACCACUUUCGACGACUUAGCUACGAGUAUGAGUAGCGGCUCCUCGACUCCUGAUCCCACGCCUUCGGUUGGCGAUCACUUCAGGUCGGAAAGCUCAGAUAAAAUCUCAGACCGAGUUUCAGUACAAGGCUUUGGCCCUGGUGGAUCAAAUGAGCGUUCGAGAGCGAAAGGAAAGGGUAGAGUAGCCAUUGUCCUGGCUUCGCUGUACCUGCAGGCUGGACGUUGGACCGAUUCACUGAAAGAGGCCGUAGACGGUGCUACCGUGGCAAGGUCCAUCAACGACCAUAUUUGGCACGGCAAGGCGCUGGAACUGAUCACACUCAGUCUGGUGCUUCUUGGUUGGGCAAAUAUCGAGUUCGCGAUUCCUACAGUAUGCCUGCCACCUCAAGAUAAGUCUACAGCAGCAACUCUUGCGGCGUUGGAGGCAGCUACAUCAGACCCCAGUCAGCCGAAACAUAUGAGGAAUCUUCAGCUCAUAUUGCCAGAGCUGCUGGAACGCAUUGUGGGACUCUACUCCAGAAUAUCGGCGGAACACCUUCCUCCUUUACCCCUGGCCGAAACCACGAUUCGAUUCAGCAAGAUUCUCUCGGCUCUGCACCUUGCCGAUGGAAGGCUGGGAGAAAAAUCACUCGAUAUGAUCAUCUUCGGGAAACUACCCCCGAAACCGUUGACGACGUCUCCUCGUUUGUCCAUUACGCCGAGCCGGCAACUGAUCACCACCCUUCUCUUUCGCGCCUUUCCUUCGUCUGCCUCUGAGCUUCUCACCAUUGCAGACAGAGCUUCUAUACUGGCUGGCAUCGCGUCAGUUUUGGGCCCCCUCGGGCACAAUCGUAAGAAAGCUAUGGUUACUAGAGAGCUUGUCUCGGUUCUCAUCAGUGGCCUGGUCGAAGCACGCACCCGAGGUGCUGCAGAGAUGGGCAUUCAUCCUGCUGCAGGCUUAGUAGCUUUGAAUGCUGCCAAUGGACACAGUAACAGCGCUGUAGCUCUCGAGCUGGGAGAAGGUGACGUUGAGCAAGGCAUCGAGGCUUUUCUUGCUCUUCUAUGCAAGUCUUACGGCAUCGUAGGCUUCGAUAUGAAGAGUAAGCCUUCAGAUGGCGCCCUGUCCACCGAAGACUCGGACGCUGCUAUCAUCGAUAGAAUUCGAGGACAGUCGGCUGCGAGAUUCUUCGGGUUUACGAGCGUUAAACUGAAUAUUCUGCGGGCUUGUAUCAACUUUUCCGAGGCUUUGCCCGACUUCAACGGCGUGUUGAAGUUUUCAAGCGACUUGCUUCGAACGGCUGGCUCUGGCGUUGCUCCCGGACCCCGCAAAGAAGACGCAUCACCCGUCAUUUCCCGCGAUGAGCAGAUUCGAUUGGUGACGAAUAUCGCCAAAACAUCCAACCUAUCCAAAAGACUCGGACUGGAUCACCUCGCUGCCGAGUACUGGGAUGAAUUUUUCGUUCGUGGAGUUUCUUUGGAGCCACUCCCUAACAGUAGAAUUCCUGUUCCCCACGCAAAGAGUACUCUUCCUGGAGCGGUAACUGCUCGAACGUCUCAGGACGUCAAUCCCUUUAUUUACAACCCUUUUCUGAAGCAACCCGACAAAGCUUCCAUCCACACUUUGGUCACAAACGAGCCAGCCACUUUCAAGGUUACCCUGCAGAACCCCUUCGACAUCGAAGUUGAUGUGGAGAGCAUUCGUCUGGACACCACUGGGGCAGAGUUCGAAUCAGAUGCAGAAAGUACUGUCAUUGGCCCCUACCGAACGCAGAUAUUGAAGGUCUCCGGAACGCCGAAGAGCGCUGGCGCGCUCAAGGUGACUGGUGCAAUCAUUCGAGUGCGUGGCUGUCGAGAGAGGCGAUUUCCCAUCUUCAAGCAACCAUGGACACCGGAGACGGAGCUGAAGGCCAAGGCUACUGGUUUGCCAGCCCUCGAAGAUAGCAUCUCUUCAGCGGCUCUUGCAAGUCGCUCUUUGAAGGUUGAAGAAGUUGGCUUGAACGUUAUUCCCCAGCAACCUGUUGUCAUUGUCAAGUCCACGACACUACCACAGGCAUCCAUCAUGGUGCUCGAGGGAGAAAGACAGGUCUUCUCCAUCACUCUGCAGAAUCUUUCGCAGACCACGCCUGCAGACUUCAUGCUGUUCUCGUUCCAAGAUUCGACUCAAGGACCACUGCAGGCCGGGCUCAACAACCGAGAUGCGACGCCCGCAGAGCUUUACGAGUAUGAAUACAUUCUUAUGAGGCGCCAAGCUCUGAGGAGGCUGAAUAAGAAGGAACCCGAGAGACGCUUCAUCGCCCCCGGUGGCACUGCGACGUUCGACUUUGAAAUCCUGGGCAAGCCCGGACUGACCAACGCUGCCAUUCAAAUCGACUACGCUCAUCUUGGAGUGCCCCCCGAAGAAGUCACUGAGAAGUUUCAUACUCGCCAAGUGUCAUUGCAACUGACAGUGACUGUUAACGCCAGCGUCGAGCUCUCAAGAUUGGAUGUGCUCCCCCUCGCUGGACCUGUGCCUCGGCCACUACUCAGUCUUACCCACCUUGACUCUAAGUCUGAUCCCUCGACCCUGGCGGAUGAGUAUUGUCUCCUGUCCAUGGACCUCCGCAAUGCCUGGCCCAAUAAUAUGGAGGUGCAGUUGGACGGCGAGGACGGAAUAACGAUUGAGGAGCAUGUUCUUCCUGGUAACACCAGUAGGGUCAUUGUUCCUAUACGACGGAUUUAUCUCGACGAUCCUCAUGCGUCCAUCCCAGCCCUGAACCCGUCAAGGCAAAGGCAGUUCGUUGUUAGCACCAGCAAAAUCACGCCCGAUAUGGAGCGUUCCAAUCGCGAGGCAUUCUGGUUCCGCGAGAAGAUUCUCAACACCCUCACCGCUCGAUGGAAGACGGUAUCGGGCCCGAAGCGAGGCGGCUACAUCGAUUUGCGCAGUAUUAGACUUUCUCCGCGAAUGAUGGACGCCCUGAGAAUCGACGAUAUCGGUAUUGACAUUUCCGUCAAGGACUGCAGCACCGACGCGGUCGACCACUCUAUAUUAGUCGACAACUUCGUGCAGAUCAAGAUCGGCGUCACCAACCGCUCGUCACGGCCAGUCUACCCCAUGUUGCGUUUGAUGCCAGCCUUGUGCCAUCGACCUCUAAAUGUGGCGUUGGAUUUCACAAGGAAGUUUGCUUGGAACGGUACUCUGCAGCAAGCCCUUCCACCGUUGCCGGCCAAGUCGAACACCGAAGUGGAAAUCGAAGCUAUGGCCCUCUGCCGGGGAGAGUUCGAGAUAGCCGCAUCCGUUGAGGAGUACCAGAUCUGGGAGGAACCCAAAGAAGAGAAAGAGAAGGAGGAGACAACGGCGGGUCGGCAACGAUCGGAUACACAGACAAUGAUGAAUGCGCUACUCGGUGCGAAGGAGCGGCGCAUUUGGCACUCGCGACAACCCUGCGUCAUCAAGGUGUUAGAUCACGACUAG